GAUCAUAUGUACAUAGAAGAAUACAUUGAAGAAGAUGAGGAACCACCUUUGCUGCUCAGCUCUCGUCCUUCUCACGGUGUUUGGCUGUGGUGGGACUGCAGCAGUGCAGUGUCGGUGGGGGGAAGGAUGUAUGUGUCUGCAAUGCCCAGCUGGUCAGGAGCCCUCCAAGGCCUGUGGGCAGAUCCAGAAUCCAGCAGAGGAGGUGCAAUGCCGGUCGUGCCCAGCAGGAAGCUUUUCUGACUCACUCAACUCUGAACUUUGCCGCCCGCACGCCUCCUGCAAGACCCUCAGCAGACAUGUUGCAACCGCUGGCACUGCGACCUCUGAUGCUGUCUGCGGAGACUGUCUGCCUGGGUUUCAUUCUGCUGCAACUGGAGAUGUUUCCACUCAGACUCCUUGUGUGAAAACAUCUUUGCACGUCAGAACAGUCCGCACGGUGGGUAAAGGUCCAUCUAGUGGUGCAGGAGGACCAGUCAAUGGUACAGUCGUGCGCAGUGCUGAGGAGAAGACAGCAGAGUAUGCCGUGUUUGCUUUGGUGCCCAUCUUCUGCGUGAUGGGUUUGCUGGGUAUCCUCAUCUGCAACAUCCUGAAAAAGAAGGGAUACCGCUGCAGUGCUGAGAAAGAGGGAGGGGAUGAAGAGACUGCAACACCGCAGAAAGAAGGUAAUGGCUGUCCCUACAUAUCUGAUGACCUGAAUGAAGACACCAUCAGUGUACUGGUUCGCCUCAUUACUGAGAAGAAAGAAAAUGCUGCUGCACUAGAGGAACUGCUGCUGGAGUAUGAGAGCAAACAGAUUGCCUUGAGCAAAGGCUCGUCAAUCAAGUUCCCCAUGCUGUCUCCCCUGUCCACGUUCCGCUCCCUCCCCAGGCUCUGUCCCCAUCAGUCCCACCUCCACACCAUCUCCGGCCUCUCUGGCUUGGCCCCCAAACAUGGCUACCGGUGCUCCCGCUGCGCCCAGAAAAAAUGGCCCCCUAUCCUCAUACCACCUUUGGAUUCCUUCAAAGAUCCCCUGAAGCCCCCACAGAGCCUCAUCCUGUCCUCCCUGGACCAGCAGAAGAACCCCCUGCUGGGAGGAAUGCGUGUCGACACGCACUGUACGCAAGCUGUUGUGCCAAAUACUGUACAGGAAAAAGUGGAGGGGAGUGAAGUGAAGGAGAAGAAGGAGGGAGAGUUGACGGUGCUUUCUGUCGGGAGAUUUCAAGUCGCUCAGAUCCCCGAGCAGAAGCCCAUCACUGUGGAAACCAAGACAGCAUCCCAGGAACAGCGUAACUCACUGUUUGGUGGGAAUCUCUUCUCUUCCUCUUCAUUAUCCGGCAUCAGGAGAAACAGAGAGAUGCUGUUUGAUAACACUACCUCGCUGAAGAUGACCUCAUCAUCUGCUGACAACUUGACAGCCGGCAUGGAGGGUGGUUAUAGACGACUGACACCAAGAAACCACAAGAACCACCUCCUGCUUGAAGAAGUUGUUUCCAUUUAUGCGAUAUGA